CAGUCUGCAGAGUAUCUGUAGUUUUGUGAGAGUAUUAGUGCAUGUUGAGGUCUGUAGGUCUGUUGUGUGAGGGGUGUAUAAAGGACAGGAUGUGGUUGAUGAGAGGAACGUUUUGUCUUCAUCUGCUUCGUCCACCCCUGGCCUAUAAAAUGUUUUGUGGUCAUCAGUAUAUUUAUUUUUCCUUUACGUGAUAAAAGCUCUAGCUCUGGAUCUGUAGUAGAAAUGGAGAAACUCUUUAUUCUGCAGCUUCUGAUUGGUACCUGCAGACCAACCCAGGAGAUCUCAGCUGAUCUCAGAUCUGUGUCUCCUGGAGAAAUCAUCACCCUGCACUGCAGCAUCUCUACAGAUUAUGAGAUUUCAUGGUUUCAUCAGAACUCUGAGCAGCAGAUGAAGCUGCUGACCUCUGCUGAACGAGGAAAAAUAAAUAAAUCAUUUUCAUACAGAUUUAAUAUAAAUAAUAAAGAUCAUUAUGAUACAGUUGAGAACAGCAGUUCAGUGAGUUUAGUGAUUAUAGGAGUUAAUGAUACAGAUCUGGGACUGUAUCACUGUGGAGGAAGAAACUACUCAUCAUUCUUACAGUUCGGGAAACCAAUCAAACUCACCUUCACAGAUAAGAAUAUUCAGAGUAACGACUCUUCAAACACUGACCGUUCUCCAGAUCCUCCAGAUCUCCACUAUAUUAUAAAUAUAUUUGUAUCCAGUAUGUGUUCGGUCUCUGUCCUGAUCAACAUCAUCUGUCUGAGUGUGUUCUGUUACAGAGCGAGAGGCAAGUGCUGCAGAGCUGCUGGUGCCGGCGACUCAACCAACAAGGUGGAGGAUCUGCAGUACGCCAGUCUCCAGCACUCAGUGAUGCCGAGAGGAGCUGCAGGAGGAACUCCAGCCUCUACUUCAGACAGUGUGAUCUACUCAGGAAUCAAAUCCAGGUCUGGUAGACACUCACAGCCUUAGGAUAUAUACUGUACAUAUAUAUAUGUAUAUAUAUAUAAUUUAGAACAAAUCUUAAUUUUUUAAAUGCUUUGUGAAAUUUGCUUGUGUUUCUUGUUCUAUUCAUAAAGUAAACAAAUCAACA